CGAUGAUAUCGUGGAGUCCAUCUCAAUCAGCUGUUGUUUGCAAGGCACGUUUUACUGAAAAAGACUACGUGCAGGAAACUAUUCAUGGGCGCAAACCCACCAUACAGAGACUUAAGUCUACUGCAAUUCCCAGCCUAUUUUCCUGGACCAAGCAAGAGGCUGAAUCGUCCGCAAAAAGAAAAAUCAGGGCAGUUUCCUGUGAAAACAAAAGAAAUAAACUUGAUGAAUAUUGUAGUAGAAAUCUAGAGGAAAGUUUUGAUUGUAAAGUUGGUUUUCCUGAAGAAGUCAUUCAUACUGCAGAAAGGAUUUAUGACUGUCCACCACCAACUGCCGAGCUAAUGUUGAGCUUCACAGAUGGAAUUACGCAAACACCAUCAAUGCCUAUGUUUUCAGCAGAGAAUUUUGAAAUGAAGAUACGUGACACAGCCAUGCAUUUUUAUACCGGUUUAGAGUUGUAUACUAAAUUUUUAUUUGUUUUGACCACACUUGGUCCAGCAGCACAUUGUUUGAGAUACAUAUAUUUUCAAAUUGAUAGGGUGUCAGUUGAAAAUCAGUUUUUUUAUGACUGAUGAAAUUGAGGCAUCAUACAACCAACUUUGAACUGUCUAGAUUCUAGAUUGAAUCUAGUGUUAAGAAUAUUGUGUAUACAUGGAUUGUUUUUAUGUCUAAACAGUGGUGUGAGGCUAACACUUGGCCAUCUAGUGGUUUAGUCAGGUAUUUUUCACCAUCCAACUUCAAAUUAAAGUUUCCUACGACUUGGAUUAUUAUUGACAGCACAGAAUAUCCUGUGAUAAAACCUAAAGCUCCUAGAGCUCAGGCAACCUUUUCAUCAAAUAAAAACAGAAACACUGAAAAUUCUUGAAUGUUCGACACCUGAUGGUUUAGUCAACUAUGUCUCUAUGUCACAUAGAGCGAAUUAUUGG